CUUCAGACAAUAAAUAAGACAGACCCUUCACAGAUAUAUGAGUAAUAAACCAAAUACAUUAGAAAUGGAACCUGGGAACCUCCAUCCUCCACUGUCCCAGUCAUCAAGUGGCUCAAAGUGCUUAAUUCCCCUUAACAGGAUUAACUGACCAAAGCUGUGAGGACCAGGCCACAUCCCGUCUUGUGGUACUAUUCACAGCACAGUUUUGUUUUUGCUCAUUUUUACUUCCAGAAGAUGCAUAAGCUUUAUUGUCUGUGAUUUGGAGUAACUGCACAAUCCAUGGGGUGAUGUGUUUAAAAUAAGUUAACCGCUGUAGUGUUAAUUAAUUCUAAUGGGGUUGUUGGAUAAACUGUCAUGCUGGCUCGGCCUGAGGAAGAAGGAAGUGAACGUCUUGUGUUUGGGACUGGACAACAGCGGCAAGACGACCAUCAUCAACCAACUCAAACCUGCUAAUAUGCAGGCCCAAGAAAUAGUCCCUACAAUUGGCUUCAACAUUGAGAAGUUCAAGAGCUCCAGUUUGUCUUUUACAGUCUUUGAUAUGUCUGGGCAGAGCCGAUACAGAAACCUAUGGGAGCAUUACUACAAAGAAAGUCACGCCAUCAUAUUUGUCAUUGACAGCAGCGACAAACUCAGAACGGUUGUUACCAAAGAAGAGCUGGAAACUCUUCUCAACCAUGAAGAUAUCCGCAGCAGAAAGAUACCAGUAUUGUUCUUCGCUAAUAAGAUGGAUCUGCAGGAUGCCAUGUCCUCUGUCAAGGUCUCGCAGCUGUUGUGUCUGGAGAACAUUAAAGACAAACCAUGGCACAUCUGUGCCAGUAAUGCUAUAAGAGGAGAGGGACUACAGGAAGGGCUGGACUGGCUUCAAGCACAAAUUGCACAAUCGUAUCAAAACAAUGAACAUUUGACUGCAUGAAAAUGCCUAUGAACAAGAUGGAUACAGUAACUGGAUCUCAUUCUCUACUUGGACGUGUUUGUCACAUCUGACGUUGUAGGCCCCAUCUCCUGCAACUUCCUGUUAAACAGUAGUUUCUUUAAAA